AUGUCCGGCUCUACAUCGAUCACCAGGCCCAAAGACGAAGCAAAGUAUGGGGACCUUAGUAAAGGCCCGCAGUCUGGUAUAGAACUUGAAGGCGAUAUGGAUUGGUCUCGUGAUGACGAUAUCACGUCACAAAAAAACGCGCUCAUGGAAAAGAUGAGACUACUUCGGAUUCCGCGCGAUGACCAGAGCGAUCUAGCCUCCAACACACAGUACAGCCGAAACAGCAAAGCCAGACGCUCACUGAGACUUGGUAGUCUCUCCAGCUGCAACAUCGACGACGAUAUCGAGGAAAAGCUAUGGGACAUGGAAGCUAAUCGACUUCCCCAUGGUUUAGAAAACAACGAGGGUUUCUUGGAGGCUACUUCUACUCCAAUGAUACCUGAAGAGAUAACGGGCUUUGGCUUCGCCCAGCUUGAGUAUUUGGCUGACCGGCUUCUUUGCAUCCUUGCCAUUUAUGGUCUCCACGAUCAGAACGCCCUUUCCAAGCUUGAGAGAUCUCAGAGAAUCGAGGGUACAAGCCAAGACAUCGCCAUCGUCUCGCAUAGCUAA